ACUCGAGAGCCAGCAGCUACGGGUGUUUUGUCUUCUGGUCAUUUAGAGAGAGAUUUUAACUUUCCUCUUCACCAAAGUGCACAAAUGAAAGCGGAGCUGGAGUGCCGAUUUGCCCAAAGAAAAGACAUUUUAAAACGAGCCUGUAAUAAGGUUGGGAGCACUGAUUCGUCAAGACGAAUGAUAUUGACGCAUCCAAAAAAACAUAAAACCUCUGCAAUGUGUGUCAUACAAAAAGCUGGAAGUACUUACUGGAAUUAUGUUGUGGCUGUUUAUCGAAGACAUACUCAGACAAUGAUAGGCGAGGACUCCCAUAGCAAAAUAGUUAUUGGAAUAAAACAAACAAAGCUAAAUACACCACACACCCUAUUAACGUUUGUAAGAAACCCAUACACAAGAUUACUGUCGGGAUAUGUAGAUAAGAUUUUCUCAAUUAACCCUAUGUAUUGGAAAAAGGUGGGAUCUAAAGCCGCCGAGACUGUUCGCGGUAAGGAGAUUUCCAGUGCUGGAAAUGCAUCGUGUGGCUCCGACGUUACUUUUGCGGAGUUUGUGGACUUCAUUCUUUACAGCAACGACAACAAAAUGGAUAUUGAUAGACAUUUUAAUCCUAUUCACAGACACUGCGGCUUUUGUAAUGUUGACUAUGACUAUAUAGGGAAGAUGGAGACGUUUGUGGAUGACAUGGUGUUUGUGAGUGACGUGAUGGGACUUCUGAAAUAUGACAAAUCAAGGGAGGCUGUUAUACAUUGGGGUCUAGAAGGGGUGCAUCAUAUGAUUUACUCAAAUGCGUUCAAUGUGUUUACAUCGAGGCGGCUGCAAAUGGAAAGAUGUGGAGUGACACUUAUUGAAGGACUUCGUGUAACCUGGAAAAGAUGGCAGAUUCGAGGAAUGAUAUCUAUGGAUCUCCCAUUUCCACUGAAAGCAGAUGAAAAUCAUGUGACAUUUGAAAGAUUCAAUGAGUUAGCACAGAAGGCGCACAAUGAGUCUGAUCCUAAAGUCUUAUCGGAGGGGAAAAAGAGAGCACUCAGAGAAGCAUAUGGGUCACUGACCUAUGAGGCCAAGGUCAGACUGAGGAAGCUUUUUGAACCCGAGUUUCAGAUGUUUGAAUAUGAUCCUAUGCCAGACUACGUUUAUGGAAAAUAUCGAAAGGAUGACAAAUUUAGCUUUUUUGAUAAUAAAUUCCUACGGGAUAGAUGAGAUUAAAUGUCCACUUUACCCUCAUUAUAUACACCAUACAAUAUACCUAUGUCACGUUUCCAUUCAUCUUAACUGGCAUACACUAACUUGAACUUGUUCAUCCCUUUGGAAAAUUUAGCAUUUGACGGUGCCUAUUUUAAUUUUUAAAUAUACAGGCGACUAAGCUUUACAUGAACAUUGUAGUAUAGCUAUCUCUAGCUUAAAGGUUUGGUUACAAGUUGUGAUUCUGCAUUAAUUUGUCAAUCCUAGUAGGUUUGUGCCCUGAUCACAUAACUGUUUCUUGUACAAGACAGGGUUUUACGAGAAUCGCGCAAAACAUCCUGCAAUAAAUACAUAUGCGAUGUAGGGAGUGGAUUUAAUGUAGAGGUUGCACGGUAGAUGGGAUGGGGUGUACGAAUUUGGAAAAUGACAUUUGACAUUUUGUUCCUGUACGUAUAUAGAUGUGUAUGAGGUGUAUGGCAGUAAAAAAACAUACAAUUCAAUUGUUUGAAUCCUGUGCGUUUUGAAGAAUCGUGGUUAAGUGAACUCAUGCGAGGUUCUUUCGGCAUCCAGACAAGACGCAUUAGGUUUUGGAGUAGAAUCUUGAUAUCGUUUCUUGACAUGUUUUGUCCCUGUUUCCUUUGAAAACCAACUUUCGUUUGAAACUUUUUUUAUGUUGAAAAACCUGUAAAAUCAAUUUUAGCCUUCAACUAAGCUCUAUAUUUGAGCUGUCAAAAUCCAAAACAGGCAUAUGCUGAAAAAAUCAAGGGUUUACUUAAGGUCUUAAACGCAGAUUUAUUCGACAUAAAAGACAUGUUUUAAGGUGUUUAUGAGUAAAUGUGAUACAGUUACCUUGAAGAAUAUUUUCAUAAGGUGUCACCAUAAUAAAUAAAUAUAAAUGUGUCUCUGCCGAUUAGGGGG